AGGUUUGCGAAUUGCUUGCGAACUGUUCGCGGUACAGACGCUUUGUGUUUGUCUCUUGUUCGCAAUCGGUUGUUUUUAACCAAGUUCAGAAAACAAAUCUCGGUGAAAUUAAGCGUCGAUCACAUUCUAAUGAAUUAUGAGUAAUUAGAGAUUUUGCCAUCAGAGAGAUUUAUCAUUCAAAAAUGGUAAAAAGAUGUGCGUGGGGGACUUGCAAAAGUGACACAAGAUACCCCGAUCGGGUCGAAGGCGUGGCGUUCUUUCCUUUUCCCAAACCAAAGACAGAUCUUCAGAAAUGUCAUGAGUGGAUUCGGCUAUGUGGGAAACCUCAUCACGAGCUGAACUUUUACACCAUUUCCAAGCACACAUACGUCUGUUCAAAGGUCAUUUUUUUCAUUCACUGUGCAAAUGUAUGUUGUCAUUCUCAAAGCACUUUGUGAAUGGAGGCCCAAAUGAGGAGUUCCCAAACCCUAUGAGUGCUACCGACGGUGGCAAGACCCCCAAACCAUUCAGACCUCCAAAGAAAAGGCAGAGAUGUGACAACUUGGAGACCAAAAAGGAGAGCUCUGGGAUCACCAAUAUGAGCGCAAAGGCCAUACCAACCAAAUACAGAGAUAUUCCCUGUGAAGACCAUUUCAUCCCUACAGAAGAAGUGAUAGGGGUGUGCAACAAUUCAGAAUUCGAAGUGGAACGUUUGAGGAAGAUGGUCAGCAGCCAGGCUGAAACCAUAGAACACCUUAGAAAGCAGCUUAGAAUGUCUGACUUGAAGCACACCAGAGUGACACCCGAAUCAAUCAAUGAUAGUAAAAUACCCAAUUAUUUUGAAUAUUGUACUGGGUUCACUUUUGAGCAAUUUAAUAAUCUAUGCACUCUCCUCAGGGUGCCUAGUGACAGAGCAAUCCCACAAAGAGUCGUCCCUCUCACGUACAAAGAAGAAACCUUGGAUACAAUAAACCUGCCCAUACGUAGCCAGUUCCUGCUGGCUUUAAUGAAGUUACGCAACAACUAUGACAUGAAAGAUCUGGCAUUCAAGUUCGGCAUCAGUGUGGAGAGUGUCAGUGUCAUUUUCAAUGCCUGCAUCAAUGACAUGUUCCACAGGCUGGGUGAGAUUUCAAUAUGGCCACACAGGGAUUUCAUUUCAGCCAACAUGCCUGAAAACUUUAAGAAGGAUUUCCCAACCACAUUUGCCAUACUAGCCUGCACAGAGCUGAAAAUUGAAAGGCCAACAUCACUGCAGCUCCAAAAUCAGAGCUACUCUGAUUAUAAAUCUGCAAACAGUCUUAAAGGGUUGAUUGCCUGUGAUCCUCGUGGAUCUGUAAUAUUUGUCUCUCCACUUUUCACUGGUUCCAUAUCAGACAGAGACAUUUUCAAGCACUGUUACAUUACCAAGCAGCUCACUCGCCUCAUUCAGGAUGGCUACCUAGAGCCUGGUGAUGGCAUUAUGGCUGACAAGGGGCUUCUCAUAGGGAAAGAUAUUGAGAAAAUUGGCCUGCAUCUCAAUAUACCUCCAUUUGCAAAGGCCAAUGCACAGAUGCCUGCAUCUGAUGUGGAGAGGACAAAAACAUUCGCGAAGCACAGAGUACACGUAGAGCGAUGCAUUGCAAAAAUAAAAAAAUUCAAAAUUGUGUCGGGUAGAAUACCUAAUUCAAUGCUUGGGAACAUAAAUCGGAUCUGGUUUGUUGUCAGCCUCCUGUCAAAUUUUCAGUCUCACGUUUUGAUAGAUGAUCUCUCUCACUCUACAUAGGGUUUACCUGAUAACGCAAACCACUCCCUAACAAGUAGCUGUUCUCUCCCUCAACUAUCUCUACUGGGGGUUGGUUCGCAACAUAACUUAUUGGAGUCUUUGUCAUGCUUUUCAUAAGCUUUAAGUCUGCAGCUGUCAUCUCCAAACCUCUCCUGGGGAUGGGGGAAUUUUUUUGUCAUAUAUAUGAUAAUACAUGAACAUGUGUACAAUAAUAGUGGCAGUAAUUUUAAGUCAUGAAAAUCUUUUGUUCAUUUACAGUUUUUCAACUGAUGACACAAACCAAUCCAUGGUCUAAAAACAAUUAACACAGCCUUUGCAGUAUCAGUCACCUCUCCUGCACUCUUGGGAAACCUUAAUAAAUGCCUUUGUCAUCUCCCGCUUGGACUACUGCAGUGCCAUUCUCACGGUACUACUUACCAAACUGGUCAAUAAAGUACAAAUCAUCCAAAACUCAGUUGCACAAAUACUGACCUGAACCAACUCCCUAAGCCCACAUCACUCCCAUCCUUAGCCAGCUUUACUGGCUGCCCAUUCUAUGACAUAGAAUUCAAACUCCUCCUAACUUAAAAAGCUCUUGAUAACCUUGCUCCUACAUGCUACCUCACAACCCUUCCUUCAGUUUGGAGGAGCGUGCCAUGUCAGUUGAGGAAAAACUAUUUACUUUUUACAUAAAGAUGUAAACAUCCAUGAUGUAAAUGUUCAUAUCAAGAACUACUGAAUAACAAGGAUUAAAUAAAUAAUGGUUUUCACUUAA